GAAAAAAGAUCCUGAAAAAACAUAACAAACACCAUAAUGUUUGCAUACAUGUUUGUUUCAGGAUUGUUAUCUGUUUGUACUAUUGCUCUAUGUUGCUAUUUUCAGGUUCCAAAGACACAAUGAGAAUAAUUACAAAUUUUGUACAUAAAACUUUACCAAGAUGGCAGCAGAAUUAUAUUAUUACUACAUUUAAAAGUAGUUUAAGUCAACAACCUCACCCCAACUUUCAAUCACAUCGAAGAGGAAACAUAAUAAAACCUGUCUUGUUUACAUUUGGGGUUAGCGCUGGUGCAUUUGGCGGUUGUGCCAUUUUACAAUAUGAACGUUUAAAAAGUAACCACAAUGUGCAUCCAGGAAGGAGAUUUUAUGGAGAGAAAGGAGUUCAGUUUCGUAAACAGUUGAACAGAUGGUGGAAUAAUUUGCAUGAAGGUCAGAAAGUUGCAGCUAGUAUUAUUGGUAUUAACUUACUGGUAUUUACUUGCUGGCAAUUUCCAGUCAAUCGUGUUUUUAUGACCAAAUGGUUUACCUCUACGCCACUUCUCAGAAAGUCAUCCCCACUAUUGUGGUCAUGUUUCAGUCAUUCAGAAAUCUGGCAUAUUGGGGCAAAUAUGUUUGUGUUAUGGAGUUUUUCCCCUCUUAUCCAAUCCCUGCUUGGUACCGAACAAUUUAUUGCAUUUUAUAUUGCUGGCGGUACAUUCGCGUCACUAGCAAGUCACUGUUUUAAAGUUGCAACAGCGUUAUCUGUACCAUCUUUAGGAGCUUCAGGAGCCUUGUUAGCCGUGUUGGCUGCUUGUUGUAUUGAAAGACCCGAUGCACAGUUGUCCAUUUUAUUUUUACCUUUUUUCACAUUCUCGGCUCAAACAGCCUUGUAUAGCAUUAUAGCACUGGAUGUUACUGGAUUAUUGUUACGAUGGAAACUUUUUGAUCAUGCAUGUCAUUUAGGUGGAACAAUGUUUGGAAGUUGGUAUGUUAUGUAUGGACAUAAAGUGACAUGGGAUAAAAGAGGGCCACUGAUAAGUUGGUGGCAUAGUAUUCGAAAAGAGAAAUAAGACAAAAUAAAUUCAAUUAUUUAGUCAUUAGGAUAUUUAGACAUUUUUAUAUAGCUUGCUGUUGUCUUUUAAUGAUACUUUGUAAACAUUGUCUAUAUAGACUAUAUUUGUAAAUUCCUUUAUUACUGGUAAGAUCUAAAAACAUUUCAUUGCAGUAAAAAUUUUUAGGAUGUUUGACAUGGACAUUUUAGUGUGGCUAAAUAUUAAACAAUUUGAUAUGUUUUUAAUUAGUAUAGUAAAGGAUUCGAUACAGCCGCACAAUUUCACUAAAACUGUCUAAAAAGUUGUUUUUCUACUUCAAUUUUUUAUGUGGGUAAUUUCUCUAUUUGCUCUAUUUAUAAGUUGGCAAUUAAUGAGUGCUAACGUGAAUUUAAAAGACUGAGAAGUGGACAAAUAAAACGUUGUGGGUAUGCUCAGUCUCUGUUCUCAUCAGCUAAUGUAAGAAGUGGGUCUAUCACCCUUCCAGCUGCAUUAAAGACUGCAAAUGUUGUUAUAUUUUCCAGGUCCAGUUUAGUGCAACAUUAAUCUAACAUUUGUAGAUGAAUUUCCUGUAACUGACAUUCUUGCAGCACAAAUCAUGCUUUAACUUUCUUACCAGGUGCCACCAAAAUUCUGUGGCAUCUAGUAAACUCAUUUAAUCAUGACUCUCUUGUUAAUUACCAAGUAUACCACUUUACUUUUUUCAUAAACAUUUGCUUUUUCAAGCAAGAUGCAGAUAUGGUACACCUCUUAAUUACACUUCUGAUAAAUUAACCCCUGUCAGUAUCUUCCAACACCUUGCUGUAUUUCUUCCCUUAUUCCAGUUUUUGUGUUUUCAUUUACACCCUGUACACAUCUAUCCCGUACGAUAAGACUUAAAAUUAUUCUUGAUAAUAAAUAGGGCUAAAUUUUUUUUUAUUUUUUAUUAGCAGAUUGCAUGUACUUAAAUGUUUAGAUGAGUGAAAUGUCUUAACUUAAAUCAAAUUUCACAGCAGCUUGGAUUGGAACUAUAACUUGUAAUGCGUAACUACGAGUUCUGUCAUUUUUUUGCUUUUAAAGAUGGAUUAAUUUCAGAGAAUUUGAGAAUUACAAUCAUGUACCAAAUAAUUAGCUUAGGUCAGUAAAUUAUUAUCGUGAUCGUGAAAUUGUUUACCUUGUAAAUGGUACACUUUUUAUCUUCUCUAUGUUUCACAGAUACAUUUGCAUUAUAUAAGCAUAUUUUUAUUACUUUGUAAUUUAUGCUUUGUAUAACGAUGAAAUUCAUCCCAUUUUGAUUAUAAAAUGUAGUAUAAAAAAAUCAUAGUACAUUCUGUUUUUCUUAUGA